AUGAUGAAUGAAGUACGAGAUAUUGCAAGAGAAAUAAUACAAAAAGCAAAUAAUCAAAUGUAUGAUAAUGGACAAGUAUUAAUAAAACAAACUAUAGCCGAUAUAAAAAAUAAUUCCCAAUUGAUAUCAACAACAGGUGGUUAUUCAAAUGCAAGUGAGGAUUUUAACAUGAUUUUAAAUCGGCAAUUUCAACAAAUUCUUGAACAAGCUUAUAAAGAAUUUGCUUUUAAAACGAAUAAGUCAUACUACUUACCACAUAUUAAAGAAAAAAUAAAGAUUAUCAUUGAACCACGAUUAAGAUUUAUUUGUCAAUCGACACGACAACAAUUUGAAGAUAAUCUACAUCUUGUAUCACAAGCUGCACUAGUAAAAUAUGCACAACAAAAAUUAAUCGAUCGUGCUCAAGAAGAUUUCAAUCAAAAUAAAUCAAUAGGCAUAGAUGAAUUUCGAAUGAAUCUUGAAAAUGAUUAUCAAUGUUUACUAAAAGAAUGUCGACAACAAUUGGACGUUUUACAUGAAAAAGAAGAUGAUAUUACUAAAAAAAUAUUAAAAUUUUAUAAUAAUUUACAUGAUAGAAAGGCGGCUAAUCCAACAGUUGGUGAUAUCUAUAAUCUUUUACCUAGAUUAGAUAUUGAACAAUAUAAACGAUAUUGUCAAAAAUUUGAACACAGUUGGAAACAAAUAAAUCAAUUUUUAGAUAUACCACAUGAUAAUUUAUUUUCUUCAUCAUGGCAAACUGAUUUGAAUAGAAUUUGGAUUGAUUUGAAAGACAAAUUAAAAUGGUUUAAUAAUAAAAAAUCUGCAGAAAAAAAUCGUACUAUACUAUCAGGUAUUUUCAAUGAAGUAUUACCUAAAUUAAAAAAGGAUAUUAUAAAAUUAAUCAUGGAGAUAAAACUUUCAUAUAAUGAUCCAGAAAUAGUCAAUGCUGUUAUUUCAUAUGUUGAGAAUUCCUUAAGUAUGAAAGAAAUUAAAGAUUUUGAAAAGAAUUUAAAUCUUGCAGAACUUGUUACUGAUUUUGUUAUUAUAUCAUUAAAAAUAUUAAUUUCCGAAGUAACAUUAAUAUCUGAGAAUAAUUAUCAAAAAGAAUUGACAAAAUCUGAAAAUCAAUUACGUGAAUGGAAAACCAAUAUUGAAAAACAAUUCGAAUCAAUGAAAAAUUCAUUUGAACAAGGACAAUAUGAAGCUGAAGAAAUCGGGAAACAAAUUUUUGCCGAAGUUAAACAUUUAUUAUUAAAUCAAGUCCUUCGUGAUGUUAAAUCAGAUGUGAUGAAAAACAAAUUUAUCAUACAUGAUCAUAUGCGUAAAAAUGCAUAUCAACAAAGUUUUCAACAAAAUAAUGGUGAAAAUAUAUUAAAAUAUGUUCUUGAUAUUAAUCGAUAUCUACUAGAAUUAAGUUUAGAAGAAGUAUUAGGUACAUUUCGUAAUGUUGUCAGUAUGCAUACGAAUUAUUUAGAUAAUUUACUUUCAACAAUUUUCAUUACAAUCAAUAAUACCAUUCAAAGUUAUGCUUAUGAUGACAUAAAUAGUACAUAUAAUGCAAUAGAAAAUGCUAUAUCAGAAAUAAAUCUUCUUAAGAAAAUGAAGCAUGCAGAAAAUGAUAUGGAGUUUAAACUCGAACCUAAAAUGAAUUUACCAAUAAAAGAUCCGAAACAAUUCCAACUUGGCUUUAAACAUAUAUUGACCGUCUUCGCCGAUCAGAGCAAAUCUGAAAAAGAAGCUAUAUCACAUUUAUUAAAAGUAAGAGGGUUCGACGACUGUAAAUUGACCAUCAAACGUCGUCUUGGCUGUGAACAUACAUGUCCAGGAUGUGGUGUAAAAUGUAGCAAGCCAAGUCUUCAUUCAGCAGAACAAGUAAAACUACUACCAGAAAACUGCAAAUGUACAACAGACGAAUGCAUCUGCCCUGAAGUAACGUACGUUGACUGUAUUAGUCAUGAGAAUGAUUAUCACAUUCCGGCUGCAUUCUACGGUCAAAACUAUUAUGAAACACGUAAACCAUAUUUACAUUCUUGUUAUCAACAAUGGACAACUGUCGGUAUUCAUACUGGCGACGGUGAGAUAAUUCAUCCAAAACGAUUAUAUUAUAAUAAAAAACAUUUGCAAUGGUAUAAAAAUCUUGAUAAUUUGGCAAAAACCGCUCCCGAUAAAGACGAUCCUUAUCCAACCGAAGAACAGCGACACGCAUGGAUGACCGUAAGACAUUAUGUAACAGCAAAAUAUAAUAUGAAUGAUUAUACAGAUGAAGAAUAUGAUGAAAUGCUAUAUCCCAAAGAGUUUAAUACUAUACCUACCAAUUUUCACAUAACAUGGAAAGACGAAGAUAUUGACGAUACUCAUAUAUCAAAUGGCUUUUUUUCCAGUUUUAUUUUUUAA